GGAGUGACAGGAAGAGGAACAAGAAUAAAGACUUUUCCCAUUGUCAGGUCAAAAAGGUUAAACCCACCACAGUAUACACACUCAUGAUUCCACCCACAUUCAAUAAAAAAAUAUAUACAAUUAGACAUUAGUCUUAAAAUAAAUUCAAGCAGAAUUUCUUCAUAAUAAAAUAAGACCCAAACGGAAUUAGUGUUGUAAUAUUUUAUGAGUAGUCAAAACAAACGCACCUCUCUUUUCUUCUUUUUCAUCAUUCAUAAAGUUAAAGCCAACACAUAAAGCCAGUCUAAAACAUGCUUUCUUGCACUAAAGAGAGCAGCUGCAGACAAACAAAGGAGGUUAAUUCUCUUUCUCUCUUUAUAGUUAUCUCUCUCUCUGAAGUCAUCAGUUUGCUUUUCGUUUUCUCCUGAUCACUUUUCAUCCUCCGAAUUAAUGGAUGCUGCUAAAUGGUCGCAGGGUUUUCAGGAUAUUAAUUUGGUGAAGCCCAUGGAAGAGAUGGUUACCAAUACAAGCACAAGGGGGCCGAUGUUAGAGAGAAAGACAAGGCCGCCAGAGCAAUUGAAUUGCCCAAGAUGUAACUCUACUAACACCAAGUUCUGUUACUACAACAACUAUAGCCUCACUCAGCCAAGAUACUUCUGCAAGACAUGCAGAAGGUACUGGACUGAAGGUGGGUCUCUCAGGAAUGUUCCUGUUGGAGGUGGUUCAAGAAAGAACAAAAGAUCUACAAUAUCAAGCUCGUCAUCUUCUUCAGCUUCAGCCAAAGUUCCAGAUCUAAACCCAACAAGUUUCUCACAGUUUUCUUCUCAAAACCCUAAGGCCCAUAAAGGCCAAGAUCUUAACCUGGCUUUCCCAGCUAUGCAAGAGAGUCAUGGUAUAUCUCAUUAUCUACAAGUGCCUAAAAUUGAGAGCAACAAUGACCGGCGAAACUACUCCUCAUCCCCUCUUUCAGCUAUGGAACUGCUAAGUACUGGAAUUGGAUCAAGGGGAUUGACUUCUUUCAUUCCAGCACCGACACCAGACUCUACUACACUGUACUCAUCAACAGGGUUCUCUAUGCAAGACUAUAAACCAACCCUUAGUUUUUCAGUUGAUGGACUCGGAAAUAGGGCUGGUAUCCACGGUGUUCAAGAGAAUGGAGGAAGGCUAUUCUUCCCUUUUGGAGAAAUGAAACCAAUUUCAAGCAGUAGCGAAGUUGAUGAUCAAAAUAAGGGACAAGGCAAUUCAGCUGGAUAUUGGAAUAAUGGAGUGAUAGGAGGAGGAUCAUGGUAAAGAAAGAAGAAGGAACUGCUUUUUUCUUCCCUAUUUUUUUCACUCUUUUCACAUGGUUGAUUACUUUGUUUAAAGUUGUUUAGAACUAACAGAAAAUAGGAUACAUGAUGGUUGUUUUUGCUUUUUAUCUCAUUCUCUCCUUUGAACAAUGUAAAACAGAUUGGAACCAUUUUGGGUUUGGUUUCAAAAGGCUGUCUUAUACAUUGCGUGUGGAUAGAAGAAAAAGGUGAAUUUGUCAGAGCAAAUGUGACACUGUAUUCACGAAUUCUUCUAUCAGAAAUAGGACUGCUUCUGUCAGUGUUGUAUGUGAAUCCAAAGAGAUGGUUGAAAUAAUUGAUUUCUAGUUGGUAGAUUAGGCGAAAGAGAGAUACGAGAGGACGGAGGUUUGUACUCAAAUUUCAUACCAUUUAAGACGCUCCAUCGUAACAUGAAUUAUAAAGCUAAUUAUUAUUGUUUGUCCUUUACUUAGGUUCAAACGUGUGUGAUGGCCUUAAAAUUUUUUUUCCUUUUUUCCAAAUGGCUGGCGCCUAUGGAAUUUAAUCUAAUUUAUGACCUUAAUUAAAGAUUGAUGGUGAACCUUAUGAACAGGAAACUUUAGUACAAUGCCCAAUUCGAG